AUGGCAUCACGGCCUGCAGUCAUCGAAUUAACAGGGCGCGAUGCAAUAUCCAAUGUCGAAACAUCCAAUGUCGAAACACAAGUGCGAAGGCGCGGACCUGGGCGACUCGAUGGGCUUAUGCAUUUAGUUCCCGAGACACCACCCGUUGAUCAUGUGUACCCAAAUAUUAUUAUUGACAUUGCCUGUCAAGUUAUCUGGAUUAACACAAUAAGUCUGAACACACUACGGGAAGGCUUUUUUGGGUUCCCUCAAAUCAUUUCUCGACUCGAUGAUCAGUAUAGAAAGCUGCUUACGGAAGAGGAAAUUAAUUUUUCUGACUGGCUUGAGGGCCUAUACGAGCCCCGUAUGAGAAGUGAGAUAAUGAAUUAUGUGAUGACACUCACUCUUGAGAAAACUAUGAUGUUUAUAAACGAUCAUCGGCCUAGCCAAUUCUACGGCGAUGUGCUUCGCAUCCUUAUCACCAGGUAUCAAGCGUUGUUACGAGCAGUCGCAGCCGCUGAUAAAAACCCUGAUGCGGAGAUACCUAAGCAUUAUGACUGGUGUGAGACAAAACAGGAGUAUUUGAGUCAACUUAGCGUUGAUUUGCAGGUUUGCCGCCACCAGCUAGUCGUCUUCCUAAAGAUCAUUGAGGCUCUGUUAGAGUUAAUUCGACGAGGAGCAGAAACAUCUUGCUUAACAAAUGAGCAUUUGAAGUCUCUUAGAAUCAAGAUGGAAGCACUUGAAAUCGGCUACCCAACGGCAUUCUCCGCACUCUAUAACGGUUUAGAACCGAAGCAAAAUUUAAUAAACAAGGCAUCCGAGAAUUGGUGGGAGGUGGAUAUUACACCUAAACGUAGAAGCUCUAGAGUCAGAACUUCUGCCCAUCUGAACCAUAAGAUUAUGCAGUCAAGCCUCAACUUUAUAGUCCCCGUUGUCUUACUGCUCUCUAUUAUCCCAGCAGCUCUUGCCUGGACGCACGGCACAACAGUACGAGGUACCUCGGGUGACUCAGACUUCUACCAGGCUAUUGCUGGAAGCUUGUUGCAGAUGCUAGGCAUCGUCACGUUCAUAUGGCCAACUCUGAGUCACCCUCGCCUGUCUCUCCUAUCUUGGUUUUGGAUCUGGAUUGCCGCCGGGUUCAGUGUCCUUUGUGCUCUAUCAAGUGUUCUGCUUUAUUUAUAUCUGCCUUCUACUACAUGGAGCUUUAUUAUUGCGUUUUCUGGGGCGGUCGCUCAGGCUGUGGUUCAACUACAAGUAAUUAACUCGAUCUAG